GUAAUUUGACAUUACCCUUUAGUUCCACAGGUAAAUUAGUUUGUAGGUAAUAUCUGACCCAGCAACUUUGAAAUAUGUCCAAGUCAAUUGUCCGACAAAGCAAGUACAGGCACGUGUUUGGAAAACCAGCCAAGCAGGACAACUGCUUCACUGCCCUAAAACCAAUAGAAAACAGGACAGAUGCUUGCUUCUGUGCAGCUAAUGGGAAAUUUGUUGCAUAUUCUAUUCAGUCAGGCGGAGGUGGAGCAUUUCAGGUGUUGCCAGUAACACAGACAGGCAGGCUUUCAACAAAGCAAGCCAACUUCACAGGCCACAAAUCCACUGUCCUGGAUUUCGCAUUUUCUCCGUUUGAUGACAAUCUUCUGGCAACAUGCUCUGAAGAUGGAGAAGUUAAGCUUUGGUUGAUUCCUGAUGAGGGGAUAAAAGCUGAACAAAACACACCAGAAAUAACUCUCUCAAGGCACACCAAGAGAGUUAACCUUCUAAGAUGGCACCCUGUUGCUGAGAAUAUUUUAUUGACAGCAGGUUGCGACAACCGUAUUUGUGUAUGGAAUAUCGAAAUUGGAGACACAGUUAAUGUAAUUGAUGCGCCUGAGAUGCCGUAUGAUGUUUGCUGGAAUCAUAACGGAACAGCAUUCGCUGUAACAACCAAGGACAAGGCACUACGUGUGUAUGAUGCAAGGUCAAGCGAACUUUUGCACGAAAAACUAAACGUGUUCAAAAGUCCAAAACCAAUCCGGUGCAUCUUCAUUACUGAUGAUAAAGUCUUCUUGACUGGAAGCAAUGGAGCCAUGAGAAUGUACAGUCUUUGGAAAUUGGAUGAUAGCGAACCUCUUACUGAGGAAGAACUUGACUCUGGUAAUGGCUUCAUAUUUCCUUUCUAUGAUCCAUGCACCAGUAUCGUGUACAUCACAUCUAAGGGUGAUACCACUAUCCGAUACUAUGAGAUCACUGACCAAGAGCCCUACGUUUAUUUCCUCAACCAACACACUGGCGCUGAUGGUCAAAAAGGUAUAGCUUGGGUCCCAAAGAGGGCAUGCGAUGUACGGAUACACGAGAUUGCCAAGUUCUACAAGUUGACCAACAACAAGAUUGAACCACUCAGUUUGACUGUUCCUCGCAAGGUAAUUUUAAUUGUUUUCUAUCAAUAUCUUUUAACUGCCAAAGCUGAAUAUGGUUGUACUAUUGGUACUAUUAUGCGCUGCUGCUAUUUUUUUCAAAUAAAACCUGUUCGUACAUUCACCAAGAAAGCUGUACAGAACGGUCAGAAAGAUGCCGCUUCUCCCCAAACUGUUGACAUCACCGAAAUACUGGAGGACGUCACUAAACUGAAGGCCACCGUCCGCAAACAGAACCGUAGGAUCGCAGCUUUGGAAGCACAACUACAGUCUGUAGUCGACGUUAGCGACGAAUAGAUUUGAUUAUAAGCCGGCAAAUUAUCUCGACUAACUUUAACACGGAGCUCGACUGCACGCAUUGCAUUUGUGGCGGUAUAGCUUAUUUAGCGGUUCGAAAUGAAUGCAGUAUAACGUGUCUAUGAAUACUCAGUUUUGCGGCUGUCAAUUUCCAUCUCUAUAUACAUAUAUAUAUUCUUAUUACUACAAAUGUUACAUCGGCCAGGCAACGGUGCCGAGUUAGCCUUGCCUGGCAAGCUAAUCACAAACUAAUUGCCAAACAGUUGUAUGGUUGGCGAAUAGAUUGCAUUUAAACGGUCGGGCCAUACAUAACCUUGUUAUAUUUGAACCAGCAUUAUCUUAAACGGCGACAACUUUGACCUGAAUGCUGCCAAUUAUUUGUAAGCUUGCACUAACUUCUAGUUGAUGUACAAACCGCCUGGCAAUUAACUCCUUGAGCAUCGCAUUGAAUUUAUUCGAAACCAAUGCGAUUUUCCUUUAUAUAUAGAUACCCACCAACCCCGACAAAGCGACCGUCCUCCAUUAACCGUUGAGCCCCGUUUUUACAACAUACGCAUUUAAACCAAAUCAAAAGGCUGGUGAUCGCUUUGUGUUUCACUUAAUUUUUCGCCGUUAAAACAAAUUUAAAACUAAGCGUAUCUUUAUAUUUUCGCGCUUAAAAUUAAUUCAACUUUUUCGGGAAAAUACCUUUACAGCGUAAAAAGUUUCCUUUAAAUUGAUGCGUUUUCGCUUUUUUUUCGUUUAAACAGAGCAAACGAACGACUCCUAUCUAACCAGACUUUUUUGCAGUAUGCACUAUGUAUAUAACCGCUCAAUCUGCCCUAAAAUCUCUGAUCCCACAACAAGCAUAAUUCAACCCAUUCCAUUUAAUAAUUUGAAACGUUUAUUUUAUUUCAUGAAUGCCUUACCCGUAUAUACGCUCCUUGUUAUUAUAUAUACCCAGAUAAGUUUCUAGCUCGGAUCAACAACGUAAUCGUGUAAAAUACGGUGAGAAGAUAAUAAACAAAGCCAAAAGUUGUA